AAUCACUUGAUAGUUUCGUCUCGACAGCGGCGCUUGCUUUCACUUUUCUCUAGAGAUUCGCCUCCACGUUUCUGCGAAACGCCGAACAGAAACUGCGGGUCCUCGAGCAUGGUUUUUAGGCGUCGCCAUUUUCAUCAAAGCUCUCCUCGAAGCUCCACAGAGGGCUCUGGCUGUCGGGAACGAGUUUAGUCAUGGGAUGCGACAACGCGAACGGCAAAAGGAGGCUUCGUACCCUCGUUGCAGCAGACGGCAUCUAACACGGAAGGCUCGAUUGUCGCUAGCUGCAUCUCGCGAUUGCGUGUUUCGCGUAGCCGGAGACGCGAGAAGGGGACGUCGGUGAAAUGUCGUUCAAGGUCAGACAGGCCGAGCGCAAGGAUUGCGCCGCCAUACUGGGCCUGAUCAGCGAGUUGGCCGACUACGAGCGGAUGCUGGGCCAAGUCAGGUCGACCGUCACCGACCUCGACGAGCACCUCUUCUCGGACGACGACCUGCGCUGGGCUUGUGCGAACGUGGCGACGACCGCGGCCGGCGAGAGCGACGGCGAGUCUGACGGCGAGCGCGUCAUCGGCUUCGUUCUCUACUUCUUCGUUUUCGACCCGCUGACUCUCGAGCGCGUGGCGUACAUGGAGGACCUGUACGUGCAGCCCACGCACCGAGGUCGGGGCGUCGGCCUGGCGCUGUGGCGCUCGGUCGCCGAGCACGGUCUCCGGCGCUCGUGCGAGGUGCUCAACUUCGAGGUGCUCGACUGGAAUGCGCCGUCGCUGGAGUUCUACGCCAAGCGGGGUGCCACCAACAUCACGCGCUCGCGUGGUUACCAGCACCUCAGGUUCUCCGCUGGUCCCUGCGGCUCUUUUCUAAGCGUUUAGGAUGGUUCGUGCUGAAAAUACGAUUCGUGUUUCUUCAAGUUGCUUUUCUGUCGAAUAUUUUUCUCGUCGCUGCUUAAAAUUGUGCCCCCGCGAUCCCUACUUUGUGCGAGUAUAUACAGCUUACGAAGCGCCACUGUCGCCCACUGACCCGUGUAGAAAGUUCUGCGGGAAGAGGUCGCUUAUUCCAUUCCCGGCCACAGCAGCUGUAUUCGUAUAGGUUGAAGUACAAACGCUCUUGUGCACUCACCUUUGCCGGCUACGUUUCCACGUUAGAGGAAAAAAAAUAUUGGAUAAAAGAAACGAAGAUAACUCUGCCUCAAGUUUAAGAUGCCGCAACUCUGCACCAAAAAAGCGUGUCGCAGUUCGGUAAACUCGACCUGUUAGAGCACCUCAAGCGGACAGAUAUAUUAGUUUGCAGGUUACGUUAACUGUUGCAAUAUUUAUCAGUUUUUUGUCCGCUUGAAUAUGUUAUCCAUGUGCCGUUUAUAUAAUUAUAAUACCGUUAUUUUAUUACUUAAUCAGAGUUGUUCACUUAUACAACAUUUUUUACUAGAUUUUAUUUUUUGCUUUCAAGUGCAAUUAACCGCAUCAUUAGCCUUGGAAUAGAAAAACGAUUUCUGCGUUCCCAUCUUUGCAGACGAGCGCUCCCGACCUAAAGUGUGAUAUUAAAACUAUGCGGUGAAAGAUUAAUAUACCUUUAUGAUGCAACAAAAUAAUAUCCCGGAACUUAAACUACGUCGCAAAAUUCUGAGAUUAAAGUUUCUUUUUCACUUGAAAAACAACCAUCAAGCAUUAGACCCUGCUCCGUACAUCCAACCUCUGAUGUCACGACUGACUCGAAAUCGUUAUGCUGAAUCGAUAACACUACUUAGAACACGUACUAACACAUUAAAGUUUUCAUUUUUUCCAGGAACGAUUACAGACUGGAACGCUUUGCCGCUAUGUAUGCUUCAGAACAGCGACUCAUUCGCCGCAUUGGCGUCAUAAUGUGAAGCGCUUUUCUUGUUUUUUUCUUGCAAAUGACUGUUUUCCCUAAAGUUGCAAUGUUUAUAAUUGUUUUCACGGCCAUAAGGUGCUCAUUUAUGUGUCAUCUUGAUGUAUAUAUUAUUUUUUUCUCUCUCUCUUCAUGAUCUAUGAUGAUUUAUGUUUAAUGUUUUUACCAGCGCUUGUGUAAACCUUUUUGAUACCCCUCCUGCAUGGGCCCUAGCUUGGGCCUGCAGUAUUUUGUAAAUAAAUAAAUAAUAAAUAAAUAAUCUGAAUUCUCAACUUGGUUUAAUGAAAAUACUAAGGAAUCAAUUCUUUACGAAGUGGACCCUCAACUCAAAUACCAGCUGCAUGUAGAACUUUCGAAAAAUACCGAGACACUAAUUCAUCGACUGCGCCUUGGGGCAGCAUGCACCAAACAUUCUCUAUAUCGCAUAAAACGGGCUCCUUCCCCGGCUUGCUCCUGUGGCCACGACGAUGAGGAUGUUCGCCAUCUCCUCCUCGAUUGCCUCAUAUAAGCUAUGCGAAGACGGCAGCUAGAACAAGAGCUACACUCCAUUGAUCCUCACCGGCCUUUCUCACUCGCAAAAUUGCUGGGUCCAUGGCCAUCGAAAAGAGCACAGCGAAAAGCAUUGAACGCACUUGAGCAUCUUUACGAAGAAACAGGUGUCAUUAACAAUUCUUAACAAGCACUAGAUCCUGCACUGAAUAAUCACACGAUGUUACUGUAACUUGCUCGUAGUAUUUGUAAAUAUUAAUGCUUGUAUAUUACGUGUUAUACUUUUUUUUUGUAUUCUGUGCCUGCAUUACUUUAACUCUAUGUAAUUCCUCAACUGCUUCUAUGCUCAUCGCAAUCUACACCACGGGCGUUUGUGAGUGUUUACAAACUCAUUUGUGGUGCAACUUGCAUUUGAUUUUCAUAUUGUUAUGUUCACGGGUGUACAAGACUGUGUACUGUGGAAUUCUGACCCUAUGACGUGAUUUCGUCUCGUUUUCUUACAUAUUUUUUUAUAUUGUUGUUUCCGCUAUGAGAAAAGAAGUAGCCGUCAUUAUUAUAAGGUGACUAUACGUCUCUUCCUUUGAUUUUCAUUUCAAUAAUAAUAAAAAAAACUGUUUCUUCCACUG